AUGGCUUCCAUACGGCAUAUACCACGCCUCAUAGCGAGAGCACCAAUACGCCCGAUAUGUGCAACACGAAUCAGAACGCUCAGCCCGAUACGGCAUUACUCGACACCGACUACGACUGCUCCUGCGACCACCUCGCUCUUUACGCCUCCUGGUGACCCAGCGACGUCAAAACCCUUCUAUGUCACCACCCCCAUCUUCUAUGUCAACGCUUCCCCGCACAUAGGCCAUCUCCACUCCCUCCUCCUCACCGACGUCCUCGCCCGUUUCUCCCGCUUACGCCACCCCGAGAGAAAAGCAAUGUUUGCUACAGGGACAGAUGAACAUGGGAUGAAGAUACAGCAGGCGGCGAUGAAGAUGGGGGUGGAUGAGCAGAGCUUUUGUGAUGAUGUGUCGCAGCGGUUUAGGGACUUGGCGGAGUUGGUGAAUACGUCACAUACGGAUUUCAUAAGGACGACAGAGCCGAGACAUCAGAAAGCCGUUGAACAUUUCUGGAACAAGCUCGUCGAAUCAGGAGAUAUCUACAAAGGGACGCACGCCGGCUGGUAUUCUGUCUCUGACGAAUCCUUCUACGCCGCCUCUCAAGUGACUAAACGGGAAAGUGACGGCAAGAUGGUAGCUGUGGAAAGUGGGAAUGAGGUGGCAUGGGAGGAGGAGACGAAUUGGAAAUUUCGCUUGGAAAAGCAUAGACAGUAUUUGACAGAGUGGCUAAGCCAGCCCGAGUCCGUCCACCCCAACCCCGUCCGCCUCAACCUCCUCAAACAAAUCCCAACCCUCGAAGAUCUCUCCAUCUCCCGGCCCCUCUCCCGCGUCAAGUGGGGUAUCCCCGUCCCCGAUGAUCCCUCGCAGUCGAUCUAUGUCUGGGUGGAUGCGUUGAUCAAUUAUAUUACGGUGGGAGGGUUUCCGGGGGGGUUGGAAGGGUGGCCGGCGGAUGUGCAUGUUGUUGGGAAAGAUAUUAUCAAGCAACUGACGGAAGCUACAAGGUUCCACGCCCUCCACUGGCCAGCCCUCCUCCACUCCGCCUCUCUCUCCCCUCCCCGCCGCAUCAUAGCGCACGCCCACUGGACGAUGGAUCAUUCGAAAAUGUCAAAGUCCAGGGGGAAUGUGGUGGAUCCGAUAGGGGCGGUGGGGCAGUGGGGGGUGGAUGGGGUGAGGUGGUAUUUGAUGAGGGUUGGGGGGAGUUUGGCGGAUGAUGCUGGAAUAGACUAUGCCCCAGACCAACUUGAAGUGCACUACCGUCUCCUAGCCUCCCAGAUCGGCAACCUUCUCUCCCGUCUUUCAUCACCCAAGAUCUUGAACAAGGCGACAGCACCAUUCUCUUCGGAGUCGGAUAGAGAUGCAGAGUUGGACGGGUUGCUGGGGGGUAUGAGAGGAGAGUUUGAGAGGAAGAUGGAAGUGUAUGGCGUGGGGCCGGCUUGUGUGGGGGUUAUGGAUGUUAUUUUUGCUGCAAACAAACUAUUCACAGACCUAGCCCCCUGGUCCCCCACAACCCCCUCAUCAACCAAAGCUGUCACAUACGCCUACCACUCUCUCCGCUUGGCGUUCAUUUUGUUGCAACCGAUUAUACCGGGGAAAGCGGGGGAGGGUUUGGAUAGGCUGGGGGUACCGGGGGAGAGGAGAGGGUGGGGGGAUGCUGUUUGGCCUUUGGAAGCGGAGGAAGGGCAGGGGGAGUUGGUGGAGAGGAUGAAGGAGGCGGGGAAGAGGUGGAAGAAGAAGGGGGUUUUGUUCCCUUUGCCUGCGAAAGAGGAGUCCGUGUAG